CAUCAUUAAUGGCAAGCACGUUGUGAGGAUAACCUGAAAAUACAAACACUGUGGAAGAAUUGUCAGUGAUACUUUGGUGGGACACUAGGAAUUGAAAGAUCAUACUUGACUGGACGCGUCAGAAAAAUAUAAUAGAUUUUGUAUAUUAAAUUUUGUCUGAUCACUUCAGCGUGAUAAUAUUCACAAUGCAAAGACUCGAUCAUGGAAAAAAACUAUCCUGGGUUUAUCGUAAUAAGAAAAGAAUUUCACGCAACCAAAGAUCUGAUCAACCGAUAGAAGAUGCAGCUAAUGUACAGAUCCAGAAUAGAAAGGCCAGAAUUGUUCUACGCAAUCUACCUUUUAAGGUUACGGAGGAAGAUAUUAGAACACAUUAUGCACCGUAUGGUGAAAUUGAGGAAAUAAAUCUUCUCCGUCAUCCAGGUGGUAAGCUUGUGGGUUGUGGAUUCGUGCAAUUCAAAAAAGUGGAGCAAGCUUCAAAGGCAAUAUUUAACACAAAUAAAAAAGAACUGCUGGGUAGAGUCAUUACAUCAGAUUGGGCAAUACCAAAAUAUAAAUUUUCUGAAACUGUGGAAAAUAAAAAGGAUGAAAGUAAUGAGACCGAAGAUCUGCAAUCAACAGAAAAUAUCUCUAAAGAUCCAACUUUGAAUGAUGCAACUAAUUCCCUAUCAAAAACGCAACUUAAAAAAGAACUGAAAAAGAAAAGAAGAGAAAAGGAAAAGCUUAAGAACACCCAAAAACGAGCUAGACUCAUUGUUCGAAAUUUAUCGUUUAAUAUAACUGAUGAAAUAUUAAAAGAACAUUUUUCUCCAUUCGGUAACGUAGAGGAGGUAAAGAUACUUACAAGACCUGAUGGAAAACUUGUGGGUUGCGGCUUUGUUCAAUUCAGUCUUGUGCAGAGUGCCGCAAAAGCUAUUCAUAAUUUGAACCUCAAGCCUCUGCUUGGUCGACCUGCUAUAGUUGAUUGGGCUGUACCAAAAACGAAGUUUGGUCAACUCGAUAAAGAAAAAACUGCCAGCGAAGAUGAUAAAGAACAAAUUGAAAUAAAAGAAGAAGUACCUGAUGAGCUUAACAACCGAGAUGAAGAAAUAAAGGAAGAGAUUUCCUCCGUUAAAUCUGAAGAGGAUUGUCCUGAUGACGAAGAAAGUGACAAGGAAAAAUCUUCAGAUGAAAACGAUGAGAUUGCUUCCAAUGAUGAAGACAUUGAUGAAAAAGACGUGAAUAUGUCCCCCAAUGAAAUUAAAGAUGAAGAAGCCCGAACUGAUGAAAAAUCGCGUCCUCGUGUAAUAUCCAAUGAUGUUACGGAAGGAAAGACUGUAUUCUUAAAGAAUGUUCCAUUUUCUGCAACAAAUGAUGAUCUCAGACAAUGCAUGGAACAGUUUGGUCCAGUUUACUAUGCGCUUAUAUGCAUGGAUUCAAUGACCGAGCAUUCGAAAGGGACAGCAUUUGUCAAAUUUCAACACCUGGAGGAUGCUGAGAAAUGUUUAUCUGCAGGUACUGAGUUACGUUUACAUGAUCAAGUACUCGAUCCCCAUAAGGCAUUGGACCGAAAUGAGAUACAGAACAAAUCAGAACUGAAAAAGCAGAAAGCAACUGAUUCCAGGAAUCUUUACCUCGUCAAGGAAGGAGUUAUAUUAGCUGGCAGUCCAGCUGCGGUUGGGGUAUCAGCGAGUGAUAUGGCUCAUCGUUUACAAUUGGAACAAUGGAAGUCGCAGAUGUUACGGAAUCUGAAUAUGUUUAUUUCAAGGGUUCGACUCGUAGUACAUAACUUACCCAUCACAGUAGAUGAUAAAAGGUUGAGAGAUAUUUUCCAGAAUCAUUCUGGGCCAAAGGCGGUUAUUAGAGAAGCUCGAGUGAUGCGGGAUUUGAGAAACAUAGAGUCAAAUGGACUUGGAAAAUCCAAAGAAUAUGGCUUUGUUGCUUUUACCAGUCACGAAGAUGCUUUAAAAGCAUUGAGAAACAUCAAUAAUAAUCCAAAAAUUUUCGGUCCUACCAAAAGACCGAUCGUCGCUUUUUCGAUUGAAAAUAGGGUAAUGGUUAACGCCAUUAAAAAGCGGAUAGAAAAGAGUCGGGAGCGAAAUCCUCUUUGGAACGGAAAAGAGCAAACGAAUACACGUGAUCGGGUCUGGACCAACAAGCGAAAAUUCGCCGAUGGAGAAUCCGGCGAUGAUAAGAAAAGCAAACUCCGCAGAAAACCAGUGGGGAAUAAACGUAUAAAAAGAGAUCAACUAUCCGCAACUAAUCCGCCGGUAGAAAACGCCACAGGGAACGAAGACAUUCAAUCGUAUGCAGGUGUGACAAGUAAAGCCGGGGAGAGAAAAAUGAGAUCAAGAUUUAAUUUAAAAUCUCAGGCUGUAUUGCAUAAACAAACUCUAAGAAAAGAAUUGAAAAAUAAGAAAUCGAAAGCGAAAAUUCAGCUGCAGAAAAAAGAGGCACGAAUUUCUCGGAAUGAAAUCAGGCCAAAACAGGGAGCACAAAAAAAAAGUCGAGAGGACGUUGACUUCAACAAAUUGGUGAACAAUUAUAAGACUAAAAUGAUGGCGGCACCUCAAGCAAAAUCUAAGUGGUACGAAACGUAAAAAAAUAAGUUAUGUACAGUAAAUUUUGUAACUAUUAUUUUUGAAUUAAAAAUAAAAAUUUUAUCAAAUUUAAA